AAACUACUGAUAUGUAUAAAAGCCGACUAAGCAGUAUAUCUCAGAUUUAUCUUGGAAAAGGUAAUAUUAUUUUUAAUUUAGUGGUCGACACGAUAACAUAGUUACAGCUGAAAAAUGCUUUCAAAAUCUCGUGUAACUACGGGACUAGUGAAAAGGAUUCAGAAAGAAUGUAUGAGACUGAUUUCAACCAAGGAAGUGAUUGAGCGAGAAGAGAAAUAUGCCGCUCACAACUAUCAUCCGAUACCGGCCGCUUUGUGCAAAGGAAAAGGUGUCUUUGUUUGGGAUGUAGAAGGAAAACAGUACUUCGAUUAUCUUAGCGGUUAUUCAGCAAAUAACUUUGGUCACUGCCACCCAAAAAUUUUAGAAGCGCUACACAGCCAGUCACAAGUACUGCACCAUACCUCCAGAGCAUUUUUUAAUGAUGUUUUAGGAGAAUUCGCGGAAAAAGUUACUAAUUUAUUUGGCUAUGAUAAGAUGCUGCCCAUGAAUACAGGUGUUGAAGCAGAUGACACAGCAUGUAAAAUUGCAAGAAAAUGGGGCUACAGGAAGAAGAAUAUUCCAAAAAAUCAGGCUAAAAUUAUUUUUUGUAGCGACAACUUUUGGGGUAGGUCUCUGGCUGCCGUUUCAGCAUCUACUGACCCGUCCAGUUUCGAGGGUUACGGACCGUUUAUGCCCGGAUUUUCUUGUGUUCCUUAUAAUGAUCUUAAAGCUUUGGAGGCAACACUUUCUGAUCCAUUGGUGUGUGCGUUCAUGGUUGAACCUAUACAAGGUGAAGCUGGAAUUAAGGUGCCAGAUGAAGGGUAUCUUAAAGGAGUAAGGGAGCUAUGCACAAAAUAUAAUGUAUUAUGGAUUGCAGAUGAAAUUCAAACAGGCUUAGGCAGAACGGGUAAAAAUCUCUGUGUAGAUCACGAGGGAGUCCUUCCAGAUAUUUUAGUUUUGGGAAAAGCUUUGGGAGGUGGUGUCUACCCGGUAUCUGCUUCUCUAGCCAACGACGACAUUAUGCUAGUCAUUGAACCAGGAACUCAUGGUUCGACAUUUGGAGGUAACCCUCUGGGAUCCAGGGUUGGAAUAGCCGCUUUAGAUGUACUCCAAAAUGAAAAAAUAUCGGAGAACGCCGCUAAAAUGGGCGACUUAUUUAGAAAAGAACUAAAUAGUAGACUAAAUAAGAAAGUAGUCGUAGAUAUCCGGGGAAAGGGUCUGUUAAAUGCAAUUGUUAUUAACCAAAAUUAUGCUGACGCAUGGGAUGUAUGCCUAAAAUUAAAGGAAAACGGACUUCUAGCCAAGCCAACUCACGAUGACAUAAUCCGAUUUGCCCCUCCACUAGUAAUUAAUGACAAAGAACUCAAUCAGUCCAUAGAAAUAAUUAUAAAUACUAUUAACAGUAUUUCUUCAUAGGUCCUUAGUUAAAUUAUGUAAAUAGGAUAGUAAAAGUUAGAUUCUUCUUGGAUAUUAUAUUAUAUAUUGUUUCAGUGUAUUUUUCCACAAAUAAAUUUAUAGUGUUUGUA